GAACCACCACGCAUGCUGCAUCCGCGACCUUUACCGGCAAGCAAGAUAAGCUCAAGAUCCUACCACAAAACUACUUAGAUACAAGCAGGACAUCAGUCUUCCUGGUGUUGAGCAGGCAUUUGGGAGUAUCAAGAAGCAAGAGGCCCAGAGUUGCGGAGUCAAGUCGAGUCUCACUUAUACUUUUCUUUGUCCCCCGGAAAGAACACGACAACAACACAACCUGAAAGAAGAAACAGCAGAAGAAUGGGAUACUUUGACAGCAGCGACGAUGAUUCUGACUACGAUGACGAAGUGAGGCUGCGACCCAUUGCUACCAAGAAGAAGAAGUCUUUCUUGGACGAUAGCUUUGUUGGUUUGGGCAGUGAUUCUGAGGACGACGAUGAUUCUGAUGACGAGUCCUUCAUGGGUGCCUUUCGAAAGAGUCAGGUGGUUGCCACCAAGAGAAACGAGGACCUCAAAGGCAAGCAGCUUCUACUGGAUACAACGGAAAAGACACAUCCCGAAGAAUUCAGCGAGGAGGCACAAGAAGACGACUUAUUACCAGAGGAAGAACCAGAUGAAAGAGUCUACAGGGAAACAUCUGUGGAUUGGUUUGAGACUCUGGCGCGUAUCAAGAGGAACACCUCUCGCAGCAAACGAGGAGCCGUCAAUGUGAUGUUUGUAGAGCCAGUUGUUACUGAGAUGCUGGAGUUCUUGCAACAUGAAGACUCUGCUCUGUCAGUCAACGAUGAAAAUCAUGUGGCAGAAGAUCAUGAUGAUAUUCCCUGGUAUGAACAGGAUUACCAAGAAUUGCCAUGGUAUGAACAGCCAGAUUUGGAUGAAGAUGAUGCCUUGACGGCUCUUUGCAAAAAAGUACUGACUGCUGGCGAAGAAGGCGAAGAGAAUCAAAAGCGAUUGCAGGAAUAUGCAGAACGCGUCGAAGCCAGAGUGAUAGGAUUUGCCCUGAAACUACGCAAUCGGGCUCGCAGUCCUUCUUCUCGUCAGAAGAAUUGAAUUGGUUGGGUCCUCAUGCAGCUAAUUUGUGGUGAUAGCGUCACAGAUAGAGAUUGGCUGGCUGUUGGGUAUCCUUUGCGCUUUGCAUUAACUUAUACAUAAAUGGGAUUUUAGAAUAUCUGUUACUGAUUU